CUCACCGCCAGUCGGGCUUCAAUUUGAAAACUCGACAACUCGUAGUCAACACGACAAACCGAGAGGAAACCAAAGGAAGAACGAACUUGUAUUAUCAAAAGCAUUUUUGGAAGCAAAAUUUUGAUCAGCUAACAGUAAAAAUGGCACCAGGAAAAGCACCAGCUAUUGGAAUUGAUUUGGGUACCACCUAUUCUUGUGUUGGAGUCUUCCAGAAUGGAAAGGUGGAGAUCAUUGCUAACGAUCAAGGAAAUAGGACGACACCCAGCUAUGUCGCCUUCACAGAUACAGAAAGAUUGAUUGGAGAUGCGGCUAAGAACCAGGUGGCAAUGAAUCCUAAGAACACAAUCUUUGAUGCCAAACGACUAAUUGGAAGGAGAUUCACAGAUGACAACGUACAAGCUGACAUGAAACAUUGGCCUUUCACAGUCACCAACAAAGGAGGCAAGCCAAUGCUACAGGCUGAGUACAUGGGAGAGAACAAGACUAUGGCACCAGAAGAAAUCAGCUCUAUGGUCCUGACAAAGAUGAAGGAGACAGCAGAAGCUUAUCUUGGUCAGAAGGUCACCGAUGCCGUCAUCACUGUCCCUGCUUACUUCAAUGAUGGACAACGACAGGCCACAAAGGAUGCAGGUGUUAUUGCAGGACUCAAUGUUCUUAGAAUCAUCAACGAGCCCACCGCUGCCGCUCUCGCCUACGGACUUGAUAAGAAGCUGAAAGGAGAGCAGCACGUUCUCAUCUUUGAUCUUGGUGGUGGUACGUUCGAUGUCUCUAUCCUGGCUAUCGAUGACGGAAUCUUCGAAGUAAAAUCAACAGCUGGUGACACUCACCUUGGAGGUGAAGACUUUGAUAACAGACUAGUCCAUCAUCUUGCCGAGGAAUUCAAGAGAAAGCACAAAAAAGACAUGAGGUCAAACCCAAGAUCGCUUCGCCGCCUCCGAACAGCGGCAGAGAGGGCCAAGAGAACGCUGUCAAGCAGUGCUUCAGCAAGCAUCGAAGUAGACUCACUCUAUGAAGGUACCGACUUCUACACCAAUGUCAGCAGAGCACGAUUUGAGGAACUUUGUUCAGAUCUCUUCAGGAAGUGUCUUGAACCAGUAGAGAGGGCAAUCGUUGACGCGAAGAUCGACAAGAAUAAGAUUGACACUGUCGUACUUGUAGGUGGAUCGACACGAAUUCCAAAGAUCCAGAAGCUUCUCCAGGAAUACCUCAAUGGCAAAGAUCUCAACAAGUCUAUCAACCCUGAUGAAGCAGUUGCCUAUGGCGCCGCUGUCCAAGCUGCCAUCCUAUCUGGAGACCAGAGUGAAGAAAUCAAAGAAGUUCUUCUUGUCGAUGUGGCUCCGCUCUCUCUAGGCAUCGAAACAGCAGGAGGUGUGAUGACAAACCUCAUUAAGAGAAACACAAGGAUUCCUACCAAGGAAGCCCAAACCUUCACAACUUACUCAGACAACCAACCAGCUGUUACCAUCCAAGUAUACGAAGGAGAAAGAGCCAUGACCAAAGACAACAAUAGACUUGCCCAGUUUGAGUUGUCUGGUAUCCCUCCAGCUCCCAGAGGAGUUCCAAAGAUUGAAGUCUCUUUUGACAUCGAUGCCAACGGCAUCAUGAACGUCACUGCCAAGGAUGAAAGCACCGGUCGAAGCAACAAGGUCACCAUCACCAACGACAGUGGGAGACUCUCUAAAGACGAUAUCGAUCGUAUGGUCAAUGACGCUGAAAGAUUCAAGGCUGAGGAUGAUGCUCAGCGUGAACGCAUCGCGGCUAGGAACCAACUUGAGAGCUAUGCCUUCAACAUCAAGUCCGCAAUCAAUGAUGCAUCGGUAGAGAGCAAAGUUAGCUCCAGUGACAAGGAAGUCGUGAUAAAAGCAGUUGAUGAAGUCAUCACCUGGAUGGACAAUAAUUCUUUGGCGGACAAAGAAGAAUUCUCGUUCAAGUUGGAAGAGCUGCAGAAGACGUGUUCCCCCAUCAUGGCUAAACUUCAUGCCGGUGGUAGCUCAGGUCAACCAGGACCACAGACCAACUCACCAUCAUCAGGAAAUGGAGGACCUACUGUCGAGGAAAUGGAUUGAUCUAUGGAACAGCACAAAUUACGGACUAUGAAAUAAUUUCUUAUAUACUAAUCUUAUAACAUUGUUGUUUGAAAAUAGUAAUGCAAAAAAUAAUAAUUACCAAUUUGAUAUACAAACUCAUAUUUAUCGAUUUCACAAAGUAUAACUUACUAAUAAGUAAUAGAAGUUUACAAGUAUUAUGUUAAAAUGAAGAAUUUUGAUUUCUUACGGAUACUACAACUAAACAACACAACUAAUAUUUUUUAACCAUUUUUUGAAUUUAUAUUAAUUCAUUUUCAUCAUGAGCAACACCUCUCUGAAUUUUAUUUCGUGUUUUAUAUUAUCUUCGUAUAUGUUAUUGCUUGACUCAAUGUUUUGAUGUUUAUAUAAUAUAUUUAUUCAUGUUUUUGUCAUGAUUUAUAUUUGAUCAUUAUUUAUAAUCAGAUGAAAUUCAAAAUCAACUUAUAUAUGACUGUCUGCAUGUGUGCUGCCACCGAUAUAUUAAUUUUAUGCUUAUAUAUUCAGGUCAGUUUGAAUACCAUCAUUUUGCAAAAGUUUAAGACCGCUAUCCAAUGUACAAAACUAAAAAGAAAUGUAUUAUGUUAAUUUUGCAGUCCUAUAUUUUCAUAGGAAUUUUUUUACGAAUCUUGAAUCUUAAACUCACCGUAUGUCUAUAAUCACUUAUUAAUGUGGUAAGGAAUAAUUCACUUAUACCAUGCAGAAUAUUUAAAAUUCGUGUUAUAGCGUCUAAAAAAAUGAUGGUAUGAAAUAAAAAAAAAACGAUUAGGUAAUUAAUCAUUAUUGGUAUGGUGUAUCAUGUAUCAUGAACUUAAGAUAAUAACAUUAGUGCAUAUUGUAUUCAUAUUAUCAUGAAUUUAAUAAAGAUAAAAUUGAAGGAA